AUGGAGAAUCGUUCUUCAGCAAGUGCUUCAGCAAUAAAAAAAGCCUAUUGGCGUCUAUUACCAAUAUUAUUUAUUUGUUAUGUCAUUGCCUAUGUUGAUCGUAAUAAUGUGGCAUUAGCAAAAUUAAAAAUGAUCGAUGAUCUACCAUCGUUUACACGAAAUACUGAGACAAUUUUUAGUUUGGGACAAGCAGCAUUUUUCGUUGGAUAUCUUCUACUAGAAAUACCAGGCACACUGAUGGUAGAAAAAUGGAGUGCACGAAAAUGGAUUUGUCGAAUCAUGGUUACAUGGGGUAUUAUUGCCUCACUAACAGCCGUCGUCAAAAAGCCAUGGCAUUUCUAUUUACUUCGUUUUCUGCUCGGUUUAGGUGAGGCAGGAUUUUUUCCAGGUGUCAUUGUUUAUUUGACACAUUGGUUUCCGAGUAGAGCACGAGCACGAGCUCUAGCAUGGUUUAUGAUUGCUACGCCCAUUGCUCAAGUGGUUAGUCCAAAACUGUCGUACUACAUGUUAAGAAUAGGCACGAAUGAAACAGUGAAUGGACAAGUGAUCGUACAUUCGAAACUACUCAAUUUAAAAGGUUGGCAAUGGAUGUAUAUUAUUUGGGGAUUACCAGCAGUUUUACUAGGAUUUGUUGUAUUCUUCCUACUAACUGACCGACCACAAGAUGCAAAAUGGCUGACAAAAGAACAAAGCGAAGCACUAGAAACAGAACUUGCGACUGAGAGAUUGAAUCGAAAAGCAGUUGCUGGCGGUCAUAUGGUAGUUUUUAAAGCAUUAUUAAAUCCGAAGGUUCUACUAUUAUCCGUGGCCUAUUUUUUCAUAGUCACAGGAAACUAUGGAAUCGAAAUAUUUUUACCGACAAUUCUGAAGAAUUGGUAUCGUUUGAGCGAUAGUCUAUUGACAUGGGUUCUCAUGAUACCUCCAUUUGGAUCACUCAUAGGUCAACUGUUCAUCGGUUGGAGUUCAGAUCGAACAAAGGAGCGUCGAUUGCACACAGCUAUUCCAAUUAUCAUUGGUUCUACAGCAUUAGGUCUCACAUUGAUCCGAAACCAACCUCUGGCCUCGAUGAUCCUUCUCUUUACAGCUACUGGAGUGGGUACUAAAGCAUAUUUACCAGCAUUUUGGUCUCUCCCUAGUUUAUUUCUUACAGAAUCAGCAGCAGCCGGAUCUAUUGGACUAAUAAAUUCUGUGGGAAACUUGGGUGGUGCGGUCGGUCCGUUAUUGCUCGGAGUUUUAAAAGAUCGAACAGGUUCUUUUCUACCUGGUAUACUAUUUCUAACAAUUUCUAUGGGUCUCUCAGCGGCAGUCAUCAUUAUGUUACGGUUCAAUCGUGGAGGUUCUAACCAAAAAAAGAAUAUUAGCGAUGGAGUAGACAGUAGGAUCGAGUCGACAGACCUUUAA